GUAUUUUUUUCUUUUUCUUUUUGGCAGGGCUACAUAGGAAUUCCUGGCUCUAUGGGUAUGACAUAAACCUUUUGUAACUGUUUUUUAUUGUUGUUGUUGUUUUUGAAAUGUACAACUGAACAAUGUGUUUUGUAAAGUAAUUUAUAUGAGCUUGUCCUGUUGUGUGUAGGUCUAAAUACAGUGGAACCUCGAUAUAAUGAAGUGCCAAGGGACAGGCAAAAUUUGUUCACUAUAACGAGGUUUCGUUAUAUUGAGGUGCUUUUCCAUAUAUUUUACUAAAGUAAAGAAGAUCAUUCGUUAUACUGCGGACGUCAUUAUUUAGAGGUUUGUUAUAUCAAGGUUCCACUGUAAUAAAGGAUUUAUUCUUCUCCUUCUUCAGGAGCUCUUCUGAUUGAGAGACCUGCUGACAUUGAAGAAGGUGAGGUGAUUUUAAGAAUAAACUUGUACAACUGCACUGGUUUUAAAUGAAGCGGUGUGUAGAAGCCCAAAGUGAAUUUAGUUUAAUGGCCUUUAUUUAUUUUUUUGUGGUAUUUUAUAAGACUUAGGUUUAUUUUUACACUCACUUUUUUAUUUUUGCCACCUUUUGUUUUAUUUGAAAGGAUUCCCAUUGCAAGCCCCACUGGUUUAUCAUUAUGGACACACAUCUCCAGCUAAUGAAAAGCUGUAUAAUAAAAUAUCAAGCAAAAUAGCUGAAGUCACUAAACAGAGAUUUGAAAAGAAUAAAAAAGGUAAGUCCUAGAGCUGCAGUGAUUUAUUAUUCUAGUGCAUCAAAAUACUGUGAAUGAGUCGAAGUAAAUUAAUUCUUGACCAUUUGAUUGGCCGCUUGUGUGCAGNUGCAAGCCCCACUGGUUUAUCAUUAUGGACACACAUCUCCAGCUAAUGAAAAGCUGUAUAAUAAAAUAUCAAGCAAAAUAGCUGAAGUCACUAAACAGAGAUUUGAAAAGAAUAAAAAAGGUAAGUCCUAGAGCUGCAGUGAUUUAUUAUUCUAGUGCAUCAAAAUACUGUGAAUGAGUCGAAGUAAAUUAAUUCUUGACCAUUUGAUUGGCCGCUUGUGUGCAGAUACUUCCACAAAAAUGCAAAUUUAGUUUCAUAACAGAAGUAAGCAAGACCACAUAUGUAACAAUUAUUAUAUUGCAAAAGCCAUUCAUCACAAUGUGUGCAUCGUAAUCAUUUAAGACUGAGUGUGGUCUGUGUGAUGAAUUUGUUCCUUGAAAGAUCAGUCAAGUGACAAGCUCAUUAUAAAUUAUUUCUUAACUCAAAACGUUGGUCUCAAAACUGGAGAUUGGUUCUUGAGACAUAAGACUUGAGACUCGAUUCUCAAAAGUUUCUGGAAUCAACAGUUAAGUCUUUAAAGAUCAAGUUGCAACUGAUUGUCAGCUUACUGCGGUAAUGUAUGUCUAAUCAUGCUAUGAAUUCAAUAAAUAUAGAUUAUACCUCUCUGCCUAUUAAUACACCCUACACUGUGCUAAACUGUCAGCCUAACCACUUAGUCACAAAUUUAUUCAUUGCUUGACAUGAGUGUACAUGUAUGCAGUUUGAUUUAUAUACAGAUUUUAUCAUUAUAAGGUUUUAUUAUAUAGACAUGUAUGUUUUCCGGGAAAAUAUACCACUCGUGAAAUUCAUAAAAACUACAUCCGGGACCCGAGUGGUUUAUUUUCCAUAAUCUCACACAUGAGUUUAUCGAUAACGUAAUUUUGGUAAUUUGCCUCUAUUAUUUUAUCAAUGUCUUUUUGUCUAUAAUUAUAAUAAAAAGAACAUUACACGGCGGCUUUAAGAUAUGAAUUUUAUUUUUCAUGGCAAAAACAGUAUUUUACUCACUCGCUGCACUCGUUUGUAAAAUAUUGCUUUGCCACUCGAAAAUAAAAUUCAUAUCUUUGCGCCACCGUGUAAGGAUUCUAAUUCAUUUUCAUCAUUAUUAUCUCAAGCAAGAGCAAGUGGCUGUGUUAUUAAUACCUGUGGCUGGGUGACUGGGACUGGUUACAGAAUCCUUGUUCAUGCAGCAGAGGCAUUUGAAGGUGGGCUAUCUGUACCUUCUUCACAUAAAUCUACAUGUAUACAGUUUAUACAAUAUACAUGUACAGUUGACUCCCAACAACUUAAACCCUCGCUAACUCGAACCUCUCGCUUGCUCGAACUAAAGUCAAUUUCCUCUGGAUUUCCUUCAUGUAAUUGUACCCUCAGUAACGCAAACUCUCAAUAGAGCUGACUAACUUGGACCUCCUGCUAACUCAUUAGUCGAGUACAUUUGUACAUACAUUUGGGACAACACAUUUUUAUUACAUUAGUUAAUUAAUUUCAGAUAAUUUUUUUUAUGUGUCUUUAGUAUUAUUGAUUCCUUUCUACAGAAGUGUUUUAGAGAUAGUACCAUAGCACAUUAGUACAUUUGUUUGACAGCAACCUUAAAAAAGCAACAAGAGUGACCCUAGAAUCCUACAUCUACACUGUAAUGGCACAUAAAUUACCCGUACUAACGAAAAAAUACCAGAUAAGCAAACUAAAAAUGGGCACCAUUAUGAGUACAUGAUAGUUACAUUUCCCCAUCCAUUCACUUAUUCAUUCCCUUAUUUCUGGUUAUUUGCUUCAAGCUACUUAUAACUUGAACUCCCAAGAAUAACUUAUUUUUAUUUCCUCAGACGGUUCAAGUUGUAAGUGAGUCAACUGUACAUGUAGCACGUAAUGUUAUUGACAGCCAUGGGUAUGUGAUGGGGAUUCAUCACAAAAGGAGACUAAUGCAUUUGUAAGCCACCAAAUGUGAUUUGAUUUCCUUGCAUGAGAAACUGGAAUGAAUUUAACUGAUGAAUGUAUUUUUCCUCACUCUUAGAUCAAUUUGAUAUAUAUUAAUUUUUUUCCAUUAAUAGUGAAUGUCAUUGUUGUCCUCGAUCAAGAAAGAGUCUAUAACGAUCUCAAGAAACAGUUUGGUAACAAAGUCCAGGUGGUACAUUUACCCAAGUCUGGUGGGGUAAGUAGAAAUUCCUCCACUUCUUAACUUCAUACAUGUAACUGCAACUGCUUUAAUACGCGUUAUUUUUGAUUAAGUUCCCAACAAUGCUAGAAACCUAAAAACAGUGAUGAUGAUUUGGUUUUGCUCGAAAGAGACACUGCGUGUAAUGUAUGGCAACAAAAGUAAUAAUACAUGACUGUACUGGCUCAGGUCAACCUUGAUGGGAAGUGCUUGAUUUGAAAUCAGUAAUCGUGGCUGACAAAUCUGUGGUAUGCAAAUUUGAGGUCAAAAUAGAUUUGGCAAUACAUGUACAAAUGCUGGUUUCAUGGUUUAUAGCUGUUUUUGAAUGGAAGGUAUACAACCUUUUGUGCUGUGGGCAAAGGGAAUUCGGAGACACAGGCAUGUGGAAGGAAGCUAGGCUAGGCCAGACUUUAGUCUCAAAGAAUGUCCUAUCAACAUUUCAGAGCACAUCAGAACAAAAAAUAUUGAUGGUCAGCUCUAAUUUAAUUAUGAAAUUUAUUUUGAAAAAGAAAUUGAAGAGUGUAUGUAGAUUUCAGGGAAGUCCCAAACCUUGACAUGUACAGUUGCCUUGUUUUCAUUUGUAGGUUGUAGUGAGAAGCCAAGAAAUGAGGCGGAACAGUAGGGAUAACAGAGUUAGAGAUUAUUUUUAUGGAAAGAAGUCCAAUUUAUAUCCACAUAUCUUUGAAGUGAAGUUUUCAGAAAUCAAGAUUUUUAAGAUAGGGGGUAAGUUUGAUUCAAUGCAUACAUGUACGUUCACCUCCCAUAAAAAAUGGUACCACGAUUCAACAAAACAGUAGUGUAAAUCUCCAUGAUUAGUCGCUAAAAAAAUAUUAAGAUUUCAAUUCUAUCCAUAGGGGAUGUAGUUACUUCAUCCAGUUUGACAAGAAAUUGCUAUGGCAACUUGAGGUUGUCCAAAGAGUGGAAUAAGGCUGUGCUCUGCUGCAGCAGCACCUAAACACUCUAUUACCCCUUGGUAACUUCCUUUAGGAAUGCUGGAUUGUACAUUGUUGUCCCAGAAAAUAUUCAUACUCCACCCACAAAUAUGGAUGUUUCAGUUUGUCCACACCCAUCCUCAACCCACUCCUCACCCCUUAGAAAAUUACAGCUAAGCUACUAAUGAAAAUGAAGGUGAAUUAAUUAAUGGGUUUAGUAUUAUUUCUGGAGCAGGACUAAGACCUUUUAGAGGUUGGGAGCACUUUAGUACCUUCAAUUUUCUGUAGAGUACAGCCUGGCUCUUCUGGAGCAGGACUAAGACCUUUUAGAGGUUGGGAGCACUUUAGUACCUUCAAUUUUCUGUAGAGUACAGCCGGGCUCUUCUAGCCUACUUCUGAGUAGUAUUAAUGCUGCUCCCAUGAGGGGUUACUCCAGAUUUCAAGUGAUGGGGAUAGUUGAAGGUUUUUUGGGGGGGAGGGGGUGGGGGUGGGGGUGGGGGAAGGAUUAAAAUUUUUGAUUCCAAGAUGUUUUUUGGGUGGGAAAAUUUGCAAGUAAUUUUUUGUGGGUAUACAAUCUGAAGAUUCAUGGUAGUUCACCGUUGUGUCCUGGCUGUGUUGUUCUGCGAAUAAAGUACAACUAGUCAUGUUAUACAUAUAUAAUGUACCAUUUAAUACUUUCUGGAAAUUUUUAAGGUUCUGAAAUUCGGUGUGGGAUUUUUUGGGGGUUAAUUUUUGAUCCAGGGAUUUUUUUGUUUUGUUUUGUUGGAAGCCAUACAGUAGGGAUUUUUUGGGGUUUUGAUUUUUGCCAUCAUUCGAUUAUCACUGUUACUUGAAAUCCGGAGUACACCCCCCCCCCCCCCCCUCCCCCCCCCCCACCCCGGGUUUUUUUUUUUACCCUUUGGGAACGAAUCCCCCCCCCAAAGGUGUCUUUUUUUUUUUUUUUUUUUUUUAAAAAAAAAAGUUUUUGGGGACUUCUUUUUCCCCUUUUCUCCUUUCUUUUAAAUUUUUUUUAAUUUAAUGUAUGAUGAGAGGGCCGGUUGGGGGAACAUGGAAUUUUUUUUGGAAAUUUUUUAGGUUUUUGAAUUUGGGGUGGUGUUUUUUUGGGGUUUAUUUUUUGUUCAGGGGUUUUUUUUUUUUUUUUUUUUGGAAGCCAUACAGGAGGGAUUUUUUUGGGUUUUGUUUUUUUCCCACAUUCGAAUAUCCCCGUUACUUGAAAACCGGAGGACCCCCCCCCCCCCCCCCCUUUCCCCACCCCCAACCUGGGAUUUUGAUGUUACCGUAUGGUACAGUAUCCACAUCCUAAAGGUGCUUCUAUUUCUUCUGCUUAGUUUAUAACAAUAAGGUUUUGGGCGACUUCCAUUGCCCUCUUGCUGCUUGCAUUAAAACUUACUUACAUGUAAGUGUGACUUUUUGAAAAUUAGCACCAGCUGUCCCAGAUUCAUGUCUCCCACUGGGAAUGACUCCAGACCAAAAUGAAACCAAGCUUGUUGCAGUGCAACCAGGUAACAUGCUCACUUUACUUGGUACAAUCCUUUGUUCUUUAAACUAUUCACUCCUACAGUGCACAUGUACAUACAAAUAAUGUUAUAGCAAGAUUAUGAAUUUUUUCAUGCUAAUUUUUAAAUAUGUUGAAUGCUACCACCAUUCAGUGCUCUUCUGCAGAGCUUUUGCAUAUGUUGUGGUUCAACUUUAUCCUUGGUUUAAAUUUAUUUUUCUUUGUGUUUGGGUAUGGUAAUGUAUGAUAAUGAGUUUGAAACAAAGGAAAACAAAAUUUAAACCAGGGAUAAAAUUGAACCACAACAUAUACAUAUUUUUAUUAAUACUUAUUUCUUGCAAGAAGGAAUUUGUUUUUGUACUGGCAUUUACAUAAUGGCUACAAAUUUGCUGGAUGGAUGCUGGUUGGUUUUUGAUAAGCUAAUUGGCUCAAAACCUUUUAAAGUUGCUACUGAUGGGUUGAUUUGGAGUUUAUUGCAUAAUGGCUAUUAACUCAGUAAGCAAAUCAUGACUUGCAUGCUGAUCAGGGUUUUGUUUCAGGCCGGACGCCCGACGCAACAUCUGGUGGUUUGACAUGUAACGUCAGGUAGUUGAUACAAGAAUUUUUUUUUUUCUUGCAUCGCUAAGAUUUUCACUGAUAGAUCUUCAGUAAACUGAUGAGUCAAUGCAACAACUGGACUGCACAGUCAUUUAAAUUACUAUCUGUAAGCCAUCUGUCAUCGAGGAUUCGUAUACUCUUUCCGAUUGGAAUUCGUUUUGGAAUCAACUGAAAAAGGAACAACCGCAAAGCAAUAAUUAAAAUUGCCAAAUCAAAUAUUUCAUUUUUUGUGAGUCUUUUUUUAAUGCCUCAAAAGACCUUCUUAGUUAACUAAUUCCCGUCCAGGGAACUCUGGUAAUUUCAUUUUAGAGAGUCCAAUUUUAAAAAUGAUCUCGGGCCUUCCUCAAAGUUUGCGUCUCAGGCACUCCACUUUCGUCCCUGGUGCACGAACCGGUGUAAGUUCACCAGCUGAACCUCUGCAUCCACUACUUCCAAAUGCUACUGGAAACCCUGGUUGCUUGGUUAAUGGCUUGCAGCUAAAUGCUGGGUGUUAUAUGGCUUCUGGUUUACUGUAUGGGUUUCUACUAACAAACGGUUGGCUGACUGUAUACUGAUUGGUCGCUGGUUAUGUGAUACUGACAGGAUGCUGACUGGUUACAGAUAUAGCUGACUGGGUUGGUUUCGAUUGGUACAAGAAAAAAUGGUUGGCUGAUCGCAUAUUAUUAUGUUUACUGACUGGUUACUGGUUAGCUGACUGGGUGUUGAUAGGGGUCUGGUUAGCCUCCCACGCAGACAUUUUUGGGGGUUCGUCAUGAAUUUCUGCCCCACGAACGGUCGUUGGUGAGGAUUAAGUGACGAGCCAACAGAACGCCUACAUGGGAAGGUAGGUUCUCUGUGGGCUUACUAUUUGCUGAUUGGUCGUUAGUUUCAGUGUAUGUGUACCUUACUUGAUGCUGAUUGGUUACUGGUGAUAAGCAGACUGGAUACUGACUGAUUGCCACAUUGCGAAUUAAGUACCAAUUGAUUCUGUUUGUGUUGGCAGGACGUGACUUGAAGCACUGUGUGUUGGCUCUGAGUGCAGCUGAAUCUUUGGAAGAAAAUCUGGUCACAACAAACACGAUAGGAUUUGUUGUUGUGUAAGUUGCGAGACUUCAUAAUUAUUAUUAUUAAUAUUUUUUUUUUUGUCAUGGGCAUUGUUUAUUAUAAACGUGAAAUUCUACAUGUCAUUCAAUUUACAUUUAUUUUAUAGAAUUUUUGUAGCCUUGCCGUUGGUGUCUUUUUUUAGUGUUAAUGUGUGUUCCUAUUCUGUUUCAGCAAUGAUGUAGAUUUAGAUCGUCAGAUGAUGGUUGUUUUAUCUCCUGCUCCAAGACCACUACCAAGAAAGUUCUUUCUGCUCAGUGAUGUCAAGUUUAUGGAUUUCAAGUGA